UAAACUAAACUAAACUGUGAAUAACCGCCAAAUUCAUUCCCUCCCUCCCCUCCCCUCCCCUCCCCUUCAACUUGUAACACUCCUCUAAAAACCUCGAACUCACUCCACUCCACUCCACUCCACCCCCCACAACCUGCUUUACCAGUCUCAUGGGGAGCCUUUCGGCGAAGGUCAUCUUUUCCCCGUCCAACGCCAAUACCAACCCAUUCCGCCUACACCAACACCACCUCUCUCUUCCUCUCGAUGUAAGGCCCACCACUAGCAACGCUGCUCUGCGCUGCAGCUUAGCCACGCCACCUUCCGCCCUGCAUUCGGCCCUCAUCGACCUUCCAUCUUCUUCUUCCCGACCAGCACCCAGCAGCAGCAGCAGCAAUAGCAAUGACCCACCCCCUCCUCCUCCCUCUCCGCUACCCCACAAGGAAAACACAGCUCCAAAUUGGAACCUCUUUCAGAGAGUGGCUGCCUCUGCCCUCGAUGCUGCCGAGAAGGCAGUGGUACAGGGCCUUGAGAAGCGCCAUCCUCUCCCCAAGACUGCAGACCCUGCUGUCCAGAUUGCCGGCAACUUUGCCCCUGUAGCAGAGCAUCCAGUGCAGCACGAGCUCCCCGUCAGAGGCCGCAUACCCAAGUGCGUUGAGGGUGUCUAUGUUCGGAACGGUGCCAACCCCCUGUUCGAGCCCAUUGCUGGCCACCACUUCUUUGAUGGGGAUGGAAUGAUCCAUGCCGUCCGCAUCCGCCACGGUCUCGCCAGCUACUCGUGCCGAUACACCCGAACCAGCCGUCUCGUGCAGGAGGAGGUACUCGGCCGCCCCAUCUUCCCCAAGGCCAUCGGAGAGCUUCACGGCCACUCCGGCAUCGCCCGCCUCCUCCUCUUCUCCGCGCGGGGCCUCUGUGGCCUGGUCGACCCCAGCCAUGGCAUGGGCGUCGCCAACGCAGGCCUCGUCUACUUCAACGAUCGCCUCCUGGCCAUGUCCGAGGACGACCUACCCUACCAAGUCCGCAUCACCGAAGCGGGUGACCUCCAGACUGUGGGCCGCUACAGCUUCAAUGGCCAGCUCCAGUCCGCUAUGAUCGCACACCCUAAGGUCGACCCAGAGACCGGAGAGCUCUUCACCUUGAGCUAUGACGUGGUGAAGCAGCCCUACCUCAAGUACUUCAGCUUCAAGCCCGACGGAACGAAGUCCGCUGAUGUGGCCAUCCCACUGGAGCAGCCCACAAUGAUCCACGACUUUGCCAUCACCCCUCGCUUCGUCGUUGUUCCCGACCAGCAGGUUGUCUUCCAGCUCCACCAGAUGCUGCGCGGCGGUUCCCCCCUCGUCUACGAUUCGACCAAGACCCCACGCUUCGGUGUCCUCCCACGGUAUGCCACCGAUGCGAGCCCAAUCCGCUGGGUUGAGGCCCCGCCUGGCUGCUUCUGCUUCCACCUGUGGAAUGCUUGGGAGGAGGUCGAGACCAAUGAGGUGGUGGUGAUCGGCUCCUGCAUGACCCCUCCCGACGCCGUCUUCAACGACACAUCUGUACCCUUCCGAACGAUCCUCUCGGAGAUCAGGCUUGACCUCGGUACCGGGAAAUCGAGCGGGCGUGAGAUAGCACCAGGGCUCAACCUGGAGGCAGGGAUGGUGAGUAGGAAAAAGCUAGGCCGAAAGUCCAGGUACGCGUACCUCGCGGUGCUCGAGCCUUGGCCAAAAGUUUCAGGGGUGGCCAAGGUGGACCUCGGCACAGGAGAGGUCAAGAAGUUGGUCCAUGGCGAGGGGUGCUACGGAGGCGAGCCAUUCUUUGUCCCCAGUGGCAAUGGAGGUGGGGAAGAGGAGGACGAUGGCUAUGUGCUGACGUUCGUUCACAACGAAGCAACAGCGCAGUCGGAGCUGCUGAUAAUAGAGGCAAAGGAGAUGAAGGUGGAGGCUGCCAUCAAGCUUCCUUCCAGGGUGCCCUAUGGAUUCCAUGGCACCUUCAUCUCCUCCAAAGAUUUGCAGGCGCAGGCCUAGUGCACGCCCAACCAUGUGGAGAGAGUGAGUGAGGGUUGUGGAGAUCUUUGCCAGAGGGAUGCCUUGGACAUACGUCCCCGGGGUCUCCUUUCCCUUCCCUUUUUUUUUUUUUUUCCUUAUUUUUAGUUUUUUUUUUAAUUUGUUAGAUGGGUACAUAAGAGGAGGUAGGGGUGUGUUUUUUUUCUCGUCCCGCCGCAGCGCUCCACCCUUUUUUCUUCUCUCUUCUUGUGCUAGGAGGAGAAGAUGAUGUCGAGUCUUGUUUGUUUGGGGGAAUCAGUUCGUAGCUUUACACUCUGUGUAGUAGACCGGAGCUCAGCUGAUUCCUGUUAUUCUUUACUUACUCUGUUUUCUUCAAUAAUUCGGUACAUAUGCAUAUGUAAAUAAAUAUAUAUAUGUAUAUGAAAUUACGAA